GGAGAAAGAGAAGAAAACUUGUAGCAGUUGACAAGGGAAGAUGGGCGAGACGAGACCAGUACCAAGGAGAGAGAGUCCAUGGGGAAUGCCAGAAGGAGAGCAUCGACAACCCAAGGCUCACCGUUGCAACGAUCGAGCUGAAGAUGUUAUCCAAGCUUGUUUUGAAGGGAACCCAUUUAAGACUGUCCCGGGACCUUUUAAGCUCUUUUGGCGGUGCAUGCGCUCUAAACCUGGGGAGGAACCGACCGAACCAUACACCUAUUUGCAGCUGGAUCCCCCUAAGAGAGAGGUGGAACUUGAAUGAAAUGCCCUUUAUUGCACUUCCUCUCAGAUUUGGAUCAUUGCUG